CUUAGAGUGUGAAGUUAGACUAACCUCAGAGAAAAUGUCUGCUCUGCGGGUGUUAUGUUUCCGUGCUCCUGCAAAUUUCGCCUGGACCUUUGGAGCAAUUCAUGGAUGUCACUUUUCAACAGUACCAGAAGCAAGCCACAAUGUUAUGCCCUACAAACUACAUCGCCUUGAUCAAGGCCCCAAUACAACUGUGACCUACAACAGGGAGGAGGCUCUCAAGUACUACAGACAGAUGCGCACCAUCAGAGUCAUGGAAACCACAGCCAGCAACUUGUACAAAUCUAAAAUCAUCAGGGGUUUCUGCCACCUCUACUCUGGUCAGGAAGCCAUUGCCGUAGGGAUGGAGGCUGCCAUUACCCCAGAAGAUUCUGUCAUCACUGCUUACCGUGCUCAUGGCUGGACAUAUGUCCGGGGUGUCUCAGUGCUGGGGGUCUUGGCUGAAUUAACAGGAAGAAAGUCAGGUUGUGCUAAUGGCAAGGGUGGCUCCAUGCAUAUGUAUGCCAAGAACUUCUAUGGAGGCAAUGGAAUAGUUGGAGCCCAGGUUCCUCUAGGUGCUGGGAUUGCUUUUGCUCACAAGUACAAGAAUGACAACAACGUGUGUAUUGCUCUGUAUGGUGAUGGUGCAGCCAACCAAGGCCAACUGUUUGAGGCCUACAAUAUGGCUAAGCUGUGGAACUUGCCUUGUAUCUUUGUCUGUGAGAACAAUGGAUUUGGCAUGGGCACUUCAGCUGCCAGAGCUUCAGCUAGCACCAGCUACUACACAAGGGGAGACUAUGUGCCAGGCCUUUGGGUUGACGGCAUGGAUGUUCUGGGUGUGAAGGAAGCUACAAGAUUUGCCAAGGACUAUGUGCUGAAGAAUGGCCCUAUCCUUAUUGAAGCAGCCACUUACAGAUAUCAUGGCCACAGUAUGAGUGACCCAGGAACAAGCUACCGCACUCGAGAAGAGAUUCAAGAAGUCCGUCAAACUCGUGACCCAAUAGGAAAGUUUAAAGAAGUUAUAACAAAGUCUGGCCUCGUCACAGAGGCAGAGAUUAAGAAAAUAGAGGAGGACAUCAAGAAAGAGGUUGGUGAUGCUGCCGAACUUUCAAAGACUGAUGCAGAGCUGCCAGUUGAGGAGCUGUACUCACACAUCUAUGUGAACCCACCUGCCGACAUGAAAGUACGAGGCUGUGAUGAUAGCAUAUGGGCUGCAACGAAAUAAUUUUCCUGUCUGUUGCUAGCUACUACUCAAUGAUAUUUUCUCAGUGACAAAUGGAGUGAAUGAAGUUUCUGAAUGAACUGCUUGAUAUUGAUUCGUGUAUUGAAACUGCAUGUUAACUGGUUAUUAUGUAAUAGAGAAAUAAGAUGGCCUAGACUUUUUAUACCAUUGAACAAGUAUUGUGACUGCUGGUUCAUCUCCACAAAAUUAAUUGUAUUAGUAGUAAAGAAUAGCAAACCUUAUAAAUAACUAACAUGCUGACAAUAAACACAAUGUUGAAAAAUGA